CACACCCUGGAGACCGAUGUGAAUGUCAAAAAAAGAACAAGUAAAUUUUGUUCAAUAGGUGACCUUUAAGAAUGCAGAAGGGUGAGGGGUGAAAGGGGAAAAAAAACAACAAUGAGUAUAUUAUAGGUACUGUUCUGGUAUAUACCACGAUAUUAGGAACUUCCGUAUUCAGCCUACAUGUACAGUAUGUAUUAUUCUUUGCCCGUGAUUGGCCAGUGUCACUCUGAUUGACAGGGGAUACAGGGUAUGCCCCUCCCACCACGUGUGGAUGACAGGACUAGAAAUUGCGAUCGUUUGUCUGUUGCGUCACUCGGAGCCCAAGCGGACAGGGUGUUAAUCAGAAGCGUGAGUGGACUGUGGUUCUGUCCUGAUACCGUACCAUCACCGUCUCAAUGCCGUCGGGUAAAACCCGCCGUACACGCCGCCUGCGCUCCUGGAUGGUGGAGCAGGUGAGCAGUGGGAAAUACCGUGGUCUCGUAUGGGACGAUGACGAGAAGACCAUGUUCCGUAUCCCGUGGAAACACGCAGCGAAGCACGACUUCCGCAGUGAUGAGGACGCUGCUAUCUUUAAGGCGUGGGCCGAGUUUAAGGGGAAGCUGUCUGAGAACGACUCUGCUGGUCCUGCCUCGUGGAAAACACGGCUGCGCUGUGCUCUCAAUAAAAGUCCGGAGUUCAAAGAGGUCAUCGAGAGGUCACAGCUUGACAUCUCCGAGCCCUACAAAGUGUAUCGCCUCGUCCCGCUCGACGAGCAGGAUCUGCCUGAGGUGAAGAAUGAGGAAGAGGAGAAAAACACAAGGAGGGGCAAAUACAGAAAGAGGAGACGCAACUCCGAGAUAAACGAAGAGGUUGCAGAGAAAUGGAUUAAAGAAGAGGAGGAAGCUGUCGCGGUUCAGAGCAUUAGCACAGAAGUAGACACCACUAUAGGAAAUGGCAUCAUCCUUCAUCCAGAUGAACCAAAGGAGCACGCUGAUGUUAUGAAGAAUGACGAAGUCAUCGACGAAAUUCACUUUAACCUCACAGUGGAAACUGUUCCUCCUCCAGGAAACAUCAGAGAUUGUCCCUCGUUCCUCAUCAGGGUUUAUUACCUCGGAGAGGAGGUGCUGAUGAGAGAGGUGAUGAGCGAUGAUGUUCGCAUCGCUUUCGUCCCGCCGUCUCCGAGUCCGCCCUCCACAAACGGCUCGAGUUUUCUUCGAGUUCCCCUUCCCCCUCCUCCCUCCAGCCUCAAGUCCGAUCAGAUCAAGUCCAUUUCCACCCUGCUGCCGUUUAUGGACGGCGGCGUCAUUCUCACCACGUCGAGUCGAGGUGUUUACGCUAAACGUGUCUGUCAGGGACGAGUUUUCUGGAGGGGGCCGCACGCGCUUACAAACACGGCCAGCAAGAUGGAGAGAGGCGUGAAACCAACGCUGAUCUUUAACCGACAAUUCUUCAAACAAGAGUUGGAUCAGUUCCGUAGCGGAGGCAAAGAACCUGAAACUGAGACCACGUUCUGUUUUGGAGAGGAGCUUUUGGAAACGGAUGAUGUUUCUAAGAAGCUCAUCAUUAUUAAGAUCACUCUGCCCUGGGCUGAGAAGCAAAUCAAGGACAUUGCGUGGACACACUCCAUCUCCUUGCUGCAGAGUUUGGCUCAGCAAUCUCCGUCAGGAGAAAUCACGCUCAGUCUGGUGGAGCUUCCUGAACCGACGCACACUAUGCUUUAAUUUAUAUUCUGUUGUCCAUGUCACGCCUGUGUCAAUGCUUGUGAGGGAUUCAGAGUGUGCACUACACCGAGCAUUUCAGGUUCCUCCUGACAGAGAGACUGUGAAACAACAUUGUUAUUGUCUUUGAUGCUUCUGCAUUAACCAAUCCAAUUCAGUGCUUCUUAUAGUAAAACACUAAUACAUGAUAAAACACUGUUUCUAUUCAUUUCCCCCCAAUAAAUUGGUGUUUAAACAAUGA